ACUGCCUGAGGGGGUGCGCCGGCAGCUUCCGGUGUGGGUGACUAGUGGUGCCGAAUUAGGGGGACAUCAACGGACGCUCAGGUAGGGACCAUGGCGGACGGCGACUUGGAGCGGGCAGAUGGGCGCAUCGUCAAGAUGGAGGUGGACUACAGCGCCACGGUGGAUCAGCGAUUGCCGGAGUGCGAGAAGCUGGCCAAGGAAGGAAGACUUCAAGAAGUCAUUGAAACCCUUCUCUCUUUGGAAAAACAGACCCGAACUGCUUCUGAUAUGGUGUCUACAUCCCGUAUCUUAGUUGCAGUAGUGAAGAUGUGCUAUGAGGCUAAAGAAUGGGAUUUACUUAAUGAAAAUAUUAUGCUUUUGUCAAAAAGACGGAGUCAGUUAAAACAAGCUGUUGCAAAAAUGGUUCAACAGUGCUGUACUUACGUUGAGGAAAUCACAGACCUUCCAAUCAAACUUCGAUUAAUUGAUACUCUACGAAUGGUUACAGAAGGAAAGAUUUAUGUUGAAAUUGAGCGUGCUCGGCUGACUAAAACAUUAGCAACUAUAAAAGAGCAAAACGGUGACGUCAAAGAGGCAGCUUCCAUUUUACAAGAGUUACAGGUAGAAACGUAUGGGUCAAUGGAAAAGAAAGAGCGAGUGGAGUUUAUUUUGGAGCAAAUGCGGCUCUGCCUAGCUGUGAAGGAUUACAUUCGUACACAAAUCAUCAGCAAGAAAAUUAACACCAAAUUUUUCCAGGAAGAAAAUACAGAGAAAUUAAAGUUGAAAUACUAUAACUUAAUGAUUCAGCUGGAUCAACAUGAAGGAUCUUAUUUGUCUAUUUGUAAGCACUACAGAGCAAUCUAUGAUACUCCCUGUAUACAGGCAGAAAGUGAAAAGUGGCAACAGGCCCUGAAAAGUGUUGUCCUUUAUGUUAUCUUGGCUCCUUUUGACAAUGAACAGUCAGAUUUGGUUCACCGAAUAAGUGGUGACAAGAAGUUAGAAGAAAUUCCUAAAUACAAGGAUCUUUUAAAGCUUUUUACCACAAUGGAGUUGAUGCGUUGGUCCACACUUGUUGAAGACUAUGGAAUGGAAUUAAGAAAAGGUUCUCUGGAGAGUCCUGCAACUGAUGUUUUUGGUUAUACAGAGGAAGGUGAAAAAAGGUGGAAAGACUUGAAAAACAGAGUUGUUGAACAUAAUAUUAGAAUAAUGGCCAAGUAUUACACGAGGAUAACGAUGAAGAGGAUGGCACAACUUCUGGAUCUGUCUGUUGAUGAGUCAGAGGCUUUUCUCUCGAAUCUAGUAGUUAACAAGACCAUCUUUGCUAAAGUAGACAGGUUGGCAGGAAUUAUCAACUUCCAGAGACCCAAGGAUCCAAAUAAUUUAUUAAAUGACUGGUCUCAGAAACUGAACUCAUUGAUGUCUCUAGUUAACAAAACCACACACCUCAUAGCCAAAGAGGAGAUGAUACAUAAUCUACAAUAAGCGUCUCCAUGCCCUUAGUGCUUUUAGAAAAGAGUUAAAAUUGGAAGUCAUUAAAAAAGAAAAAGACUUUUAUGGGGUAUAUGUUGGGUUUUUUUUUUUUUUUUUCUAUUCUCAGCUCUUUUGUCUAAAAUUUAAAAGCUAGUGAACAUAUUUGAGGCCCCUUUUGAUCUUCAGUUCCUCGAUUUCAUUGUUAACUUUGCAUGUGCAGUUGGUGCAAAAAUAUAUAAUACAUUUCUAUUGUCUGAGUACUCAAAAAAUUGUCAUAACUUACCUAAAUACGUUAUUCUAUCAUUUGAAACCUUUUUAGCUACUAUUUGUUUUCAUUCAGCUAACAACCAUAACUAUAAUAAUAAAAGCAGUAUAUGCACGUUUACCUUCCAUGGUUACCUGUGUUUCUAAACAUUUUGUGGGAUAGUGAUUUAAGUGUUUUUUAAAUAAAAUUAAUUUUGUUAUAAAGCUAUUGAUUAUUUAGUAGAAUUUAAAAAGCAGCAUAGAACCUAUAAGAACAUUUGGGAUAAAGUUGUGACUUGUGAAGAAUUUGUAUUUUAGUAUUGUGGUAGAAAGUCUCUAGAUUGAGUGUGUACAGAGCUAUCUGGUAGGCUAUAGACUUUUUUUUUUUUUU